ACGCUGCCCCUUGCAAAGGACUGUUGCUUGUGGGUACAACAAGGUGGCAGAAAGCAACUCAAAGAAUGAAAAGGCGUGACUUCUGGAGGUUCAGGAGCUUCACGUGCGAUGUUCCUUGGACAGAUUUCCUGCUUUCCACGGCGGUGAUGCUCUUGUUCUAUAGAUAUCACCUUUCUUAAGGCAGGUAGAGUAAAAACCCGGCAGCCUGAUAUUGUUUGAAACAGGGGGAGCUCUUCCUGUCAGACACUGUCCGCUGUCACAAUACUGUCUGAUUAAGCAGACAAGCAUUAAGCUGAUUAAGCAUUAAUGCACAAUUAAGUCACACAUUACCUGCAUUCAGUUCACAUAUUUUUCAAGUCUCUAAAUCUAGUCUUAAGGGUAUGAGGGUGUUGGAUUUCAUCCCCCAUCACUUACAAUGAAACUGCUUCAAGAAGGGAUCUCUUUGGUGUUGGUAUGAAAAGUAGGAGUGAUUACAGUAAGACAGACUUGGAAAAAUUUGAAUAUAUCCUUUAAAUUUAAACCCACAGAACCUGUUUUUAAUAUAUGUAUUUGCGCAUAAAUCUCUCCCACUAAGUUUAUAUUCACUUUUCAACUAAAAUGUUGCAUCCGAUAUAUUAAACACCUUUUAUUCAAAUUUUGCCACUCUGUCCUCUAUUUGUGCACAACACUCAGAUGAUAUACAGUAUGUAGGCAAUGAAAGUGUGAAGAAUGUAGUUAAUCAGUAUGCUCAGAAAUAAUACGUUACAAUCAUUUUCUUACUGAAUACUUGGCUCAUCUCAGAUGAAUUUCUGAAAUUUCUCAAUAUGAAUUAAUGUAGUUAAGCUCUAGAAGUAAAGUUGCCACACGUUGCUGUUUGCAGACCAAAUGAGACCUUCGUUCCAGUUAUUCCAGUUUAUGUUAAUUCAUGUGCUGGUAUUCCACAUUGAUUUUAUGCGUCUUCACAUUUCUGAUCUGUUCAAAUAAAUUCCGCGUGUGCUGGUAAGAUUUAAAAGUCGAGCAUGUCAUACAAGCUUAUAAGCAAUUCUGUUCACUGAUGGGAGAUUUCUCACAUCAAAGAUGCAUCAAAGUUCCCUGGUGAGGUUGAGUCGAGAAUACCGGAGAGCCGCAGGAAAAUGUGGGUCACUGCAAAAAGCACGGCGUGCAUUUCACAGCUUUACAGACAUUUCAGAGCACCAUAUUAACAUCCUAAAUGAGGCUUUAGGUUCCUGUAGAGAUUCGUAGGUGAUUAAAAAUGUUACGCUGUGUGUCCUUUUAUAAAUAUUUUAUUAUUUUACAAAGUGAGCCCAUUAGAUCGUUAAUUUUCCAGACAUGAAAUACAUGUCUUAUUAAUGUAGCCUACUGACAGCGUACUGACAAUGCAAGCUGAUGUAAAAGAACUAGAAAUUGAUGAAAACAUGUUUUUCCAAUGAAUGUUCAUCAAUAAUGUACCUCAUGAAAUUACAGUAUGAAUCACAAAGAAGUGCCCUUCACACUUUUCUUAUUAUUAUAAUAAUGCUUUUUUUUUUCUUUCAUAAAACCUACCUUCAGGCGAGAAGGUAGAAAGAUAUUUCACCAUCUUCUCCAGUAGCCAUUGGAGAUUAGUAUUAUGAGGAUGAUGACAUACUUUUCAUUGGCUAAAUGUUACCAAACUGGGCACAGAGGAGAAUGCUCAGAAAUACUAAAAUUUGCAGCAGGUGUAGGUUUGUGUAUGUUUUUCUUCUACUAUGUAUAAGAUGAGACUUGUGUGAUACCAGCUGUAAAUGACAAGUCCUACAACGUGCGUCUGAGGUCAAAUGAGAAUGGAGGACGAGGCCAGCUGGGAUUCACAAGGAGUCCGUGACCAACAUGUGCAACAGUCUCAAGAUGAGAGGAAGGCAGUGCAGAAGAGAACCUUCACCAGGUGGAUGAAUAUGUUUCUGCAGAGAUGUGAACCUCCAGUUGAAGUGCACGACCUGUUCACAGACAUUCAAGAUGGCAGAAUACUGAUGUCCCUGCUGGAGGAGCUGUCUGGAUGUAAACUACUUUACAGGUUUAGGUCGUCUUCUCACCGCAAUUUCAGACUGAACAACAUUUCCAAGGUCCUGGCUUUCCUGGAUGAUAGACAUGUGAAGCUGCUUGGCAUCGAUGCCUCUGGUAUUGCUGAUGGCAUCCCUUCUGUUGUUUUUAACCUUAUCUGGAACAUCAUCUUGCAUUUCCAAGUAAAAGAAGUGACAGGAGGCCUCCAAAGGCAUUUGUCUUCUAGCCUCACCUCCUUAUCGAUGAGCAGUUACCCCUCCUCCAGUGACCUCUCACCCCAGCCAAAUGACAUUGGCAGCUACUCCAGUAACACUCUGCCAAGAAAAGGCGGAAAUGCUGCCAGGGAGCCAAAGUACCACGGGAAAGUAAUCAAGACUCUCCUGCAGUGGGUCCAAAGAUGCACAUCACAGUUUGGGGUGGAGGUGCACGACUUUGGGAAGAGCUGGAGGAGUGGACUGGCAUUCCUAGCUAUGAUUAAGUCCAUAAACCCUGCAUUGGUUGACCUGAGGGAAAGCCUGUCCAGAGAGCCAAGAGAAAACAUUCAUCAGGCUUUCAUGAUAGCCCAUCACAGUUUGGAUAUACCACCUUUACUAGAGCCUGAAGAUGUGGCAUGCAUUUCACCAGAUGAGCAAUCUAUCAUUACCUAUGUGUCUAUGUUCCUGGGACAUUAUUCAGGCAUAGAUGAGAAUUAUACAACAGAUAUUGAAGUUAACAUUCCUGAGAUCCCAAAUUUUGGAGCACUUGAGGCACUCAGCUUUGGAGAGACUGGUACCAGAGACCCAGAAGCCAAAGGUUUGCUCAGAGGCCUGGAGAAGAGCAGCGAACAGCAACUUUGGAAACAGUGGGCUAGAAGAUCUUCAGGAGGACUCCAUGCCACCUUGCGUCACAUGAAUGGAGCAGUUACCUCUGACUUCUCCACCAGCAGCGACGUUUUUCCAUCAUAUCGUUGCCAAAGCAUUACUGAACAAACUGCGGGCACCUCACAAGUCAACAGAAAGAAAGGCAGAUGUCCAAGUGUCUUACAGCCACCCAGUCCGCUGGACACAGGUGUUUUCAGCCAGGAUAUCCGAUCAUGGCUGGAAAAAGGGUCUGUGGAUCAGAGCCACGCCAAACCAAAAAGGGAUGAGAGUUAUAUUUCCUUGAGCUCUGAGGAAGGAAUCUACAACUUGUCAGUGCUGGACUCAGAUGAGGAGGAUGCCUACAGCUACAACCUGGAUCUGAACAAAGAAGUUUUUCAACCUUACAAUCACCUAAAAAGAAUACCGAGACUUGAAGAGGAAACAGCGGAAGAAAUGAUCCUGAAUGGACAGCUGAUUGAAGAGUCAGAACAUCUGGAAGUGUCUGAGAUGUUCAAUGACAGUGGAUGUAAACAUCAAGAAGGCUCCCUUGCACAAAAUACUGAUUUUGAUCAAGAGUUGGAAGUCAGAGCUCUGUCAGUAGAUCACAGGAGGUUUGAUUUGGAAAAAAAUGAAAGCAUUUUCAGAGAAAUGGCAAACAACAGAGCUGUGUUGGACGUACAUCCACCGGAUGAAAGCAGAGGCAAAGGAGAACAUGAAGAGGAGAGAGCUGUUACAGGACAAAGUAACGAUGUUGGUGAGGAAAAGAGGGAGAAGGAGAAGACUGAAAAUGCUAGAUUGGUGAGGAAUGGAUAUAAUGAAACAGAAUCACUGGUAGUGGAAGUGGCUUAUUGGAAGACAGAAGUUGUGGUAGAGACUGAAGGAGAACCUUCUGAAAAAAGUGGACAAGUGAGUGAGAGGAGAGACAAAGAAGAGGAGGAAGAACAUUUGCUGAUGUUCAAGAAAGGGCAGAAUAGAGGAUUAAGGAAGGAGAGAGAUGAAGAGGAUGAUGUGAAGGAGGAAGAGAGGGGAAAUCAGCAAAGUGUUGUGAAUUUACAAAUGAUGAAGACAGGAAAUGAGAAAAUAUUAAUUGACAAGGCUGAAGUCAGAAGGACGAGUGUACCUACAAUUAGCACAAAAGAAGACAGUGAUGGGAGAGAUGUCAAAAUGGAGAAUUUAACCAAGAAUUGUAAAGAUGCAGAAAAUCAGGAAGACACUAAUGAAGUAAAAUAUUCAAUGGAUUUUGAGACAGUAGAUGAGAAGGACAGGGAACUGGAGAGAUGUAAACAUCUAACUGAGAAGAAAGCAACGAUAAUACACCAUCCUGGUGCAACUACCCUGAAAAAUUACACUGAUGGAGGUCACCAUGAUGGUGAUAUUAAUGUGACCUGCCGUGCAACCUCUCAGUCAUUCAGUGAGGGAGGAUUCGUUCUUCAAUCUUUAGCAGCCUCUUGUGACAUAACCCCAUUAGAGCUGGAAAUGCUCUUGUUCCUGUGGAUCCUGCUCUACUGCUGCCUCAUCCUACCUCAAAUGAACCACUGAGUCCCCCUGCAGUGCACCCUUCUUAUUAAGAUAUGCUUAUUAGCCCAGUUUCCACUAAUGAGCCAAACAGGGACACUUAGGGCUGGGUUGACUCCUUAUCUGUGUCACUAAAUUUCCCCCAAGACAACAUUUAAUGAUUACAUUUGGUUCUCACUGCCAGCAGAAAUAAUUUGUCAUUUGGGCUGUAGUUUUCAGAUAAACACAUAAUACCAUUAUCGCCAUUAUUAUACAGAUUUUCAGCUGCUUGCUCUUGCACUUGGUCUGUGAGGUGUUUUUGCUGAAUGCAUGUCCAUAUAUUCUGUUUUUUUUUUGUGGCAAAAUCACUCCUUUCAAUUUCAGUUGACCUCAUCAACCACAUGAUGGCAUCACAGCAGCAACUGUCUCACAUGACCUACUGUCUAUACUGCAUAUUGUUGACUGCUGAGAAUCCCAUGUGACCUACUGUUUAAUUAGAAGAUGUAUUGACACGGUGGGAUUAAGCUGAUAAUAUUUAAUGAGUACUUUGACAUUUUGCAGACUCUCACUGUGUCACUUGUGUCUCCAAAUGUGCACUUGUUUUUCAUUGUUUUCACCUCACAUACUGUAUGAUAGUCAAAGCUUAUCAACAGUGCAGGCUUUUUUCAUGACAUUUUUCUGACUAUGAGAUAUAAAUAAAAAGCCAGAUACUU